UGCCUGUUCCCAGAUUCAAAGUUUGUUGUACACUGAAUAUAAGCGUGUCUAAUUUAUCGCGUAAAAUGCUUAAAUUAUUAUAGAUUUAAUUUGGACACAAACUUGGAUAACGUUUGUAUGGAGGAGAAAAUGAUCGGCCCAGGCCCUUACAGGGCAACAAAGCUGUGGAAUGAAACUAUUAAGCUUUUCCGUGCUGGAAUGCCUCUGAGGAGGCACAGGAUGCAUUUCAGAAGCUAUGACAGCUGCUUCACUGCGUCGGAGGCUGCAGACUGGCUGCACGAGCUUCUUAGGAGCAACAACAACUUUGGGCCCGAGGUGACGCGGACUCAGACGAUACAGCUGCUGAAGAAGUUCCUGAAAAACCAUGUUAUUCAGGACAUAAAGGGGAGGUGGGGCACAGAAGAUUUUGAGGACAAUGGGCAACUGUACAGAUUUCCUCCAUCAUCGCCUUUGAAGCCAUUACCAAAACAUCCUCAGAAUACUGAAAGUACUUCAAUUCCCAGAUUUCCAAACUGGGACGAUUAUGAGCAAAGAGACAUGCAGGAAAAUGUGCCAGUGAAGCCAAUUAUUGUGAAUUCUGAAAUGUGGAAUAAGAGACAUAGCAUUGCCAUUGGAGAGGUACAUGAGUGCAAGCUUAUACGAAGGAGAGAAAUAACGCCAAGACAUGUUGAACAGAUCUGGAAAUCCAUGACUCUAGCACACUUACAAAGAGUACUGGGCCUGAAAUCCUUAGAUGGAGUUCUAGAUGCAAAACAUCUCAAUCCAAAGUAUAUAGUUCACAAUGUGUACAAUAUUAACAAGCAGGGAGUGGUGGUACUUGAAGACAAAUCUCAGGAACUUCCUCACUGGGUUCUAUCUGCCAUGAAAUGUUUAGCAAGCUGGCCAAACGGCAGUGAGCUGAGGCAACCGAUGUAUCCUGGCUUUGAAAGAGACGUCUUUAGAACAGUUGCAGACUACUUUCAGAAACUGAAAGAACCUCUGCUAACGUUUCAGCUGUAUGAAAUGUUUGUCAAUAUCCUGGGUGUUCUGCAGAAGCCGCAGGUAGCCACAGAAGCCCUUCAGGUUUGCUGCUUGCUUCUACCCCCAGAGAACAGGAGGAAGCUUCAGUUACUGAUGAGACUCAUGGCACGGAUUUUGCAGAAUACAAAGAUUCCUCCACUCAAUAAUGCCAUUGUGACAAGGACGCUGAUGGUUCAGACAUUUUCACGGUGUAUCCUCUGCUCAGCGGAUGAGGUGGACUUGGAUGAACUGCUUGCCACUAAGCUUGUCACCUUUAUGAUGGACCACUAUGAGGACAUACUAAAGGUCCCCAAUCGCCUGCAAAAAUCAGUGGAGGAGCAUCUGUCUCAGUUGCAAAGAGUUCAGAUAAAGUAUGCUGGUGCAGAUGCAGAUGCCUCCUUUGUUUCUCACUCUUACUGCAAGCAAAUCAGUAAGGAGGAGUUUGAAGAGCAGAGAGCAAACAGCACUCAGGCCCCAAUGGCUGAGCUGCUGGAAGGGAUCAUCAAGGAUACUGAACUCUCUGUAAAGGACAAAAAGAAGAAACUGAAACAGUUUCAGAAAUCUUAUCCAGACAUCUACAAGAUGAGGUUUCCCACAGCAGAAAGUGAGGCAGCUUUGUUUCCGGAGAAACCCAAGCUAAAGCCACAGCUGAUGUUCUUCAAACUGAAGAAACCGUUCCAGCCAUUUCAGAGAACUAGGAGCUUUCGGGCCUGAACUGUUUCUGGUCGAAAAUAUCAGUGUCUACAGAGAUUUCAGUGAAAUCCCUUAAUGUUUUGAGACUGAACUACUAGAAGACAUGCGGUGCUUUCAAAGUCACUUCUUGUGUCAUCCUGCUAAAAACUGUUACAUGAUCUCUGAUGUGAUUGCUUGAUGCUCUUGUGAUAACUGAAGUAUUACUACUGUUUUUUAGGAAUUAUUUUCAUUCUGGUCAAAAGUAUCUUUCUUUUUAAUAACAGCCAUUGUAAUGUUAAAGCAUUGUAAUGUGGUAUGAAAAGUUUUAGUGAUUACUUUUCAUACCAAAAAUGGCAUAUUAGAAUUUACGGUGCUAUACUAAUGUAAGCAUACAUCUUAUAAGUAAUUCCUUUAGGUUUUUUAUGUUUUUACAAAUGGUAUAACAAAGGGAUGUUACUUGAUGAGCUUUAUCCAUUUAACACUGGAAUAUAAGUGAGUUUUUGAUUCCUUGAACUAGUAUCCAAGCAUAAGCUUAAUAAAAUACUGUAUAAUAUUUUUAUCCAUUUUGUAAAUGCAUUAUUCUGACAUGGUAAUUAGAAUGAACAUGCUAGUGGUUUGUUUACAAUGUGGCAUGUAGUGUUUCUCUUCUCAUUUUUGCAAAUGUCUCGGUUUUUUUAUAUUUUUGAAAUGCUAAAAAACCCAGAACGGACACUUUCAAAAAGCUUAGUUCUUUCAUUGUUCAUCACUCCCCAAGGAUAUGUUAAAAGAAAAUAUUGUACUUGAACCACAGGAAAAUAUCAAAGUACACUGUUUUGAAAAUCCUUUAUUUUAACACUGGAUUGUUACUUCAACUGAUUGUUACUAACUUAAAAUUCUGAAUGGUUACUCCCCCCAAUGUCAUACUGCUAAAACAAGUUAUGAUCUCUGUUGCAGAACAUCUUAUUAAAUCCUGUAAAUACUUGAUUGUAUUUUUUCACACUGGAUUGCUACUUAAUGUUUAUAAAGGUCCUAUUUCA